AUGUCAGACAAUCCAAAAAGAGAUGUUUUAAUAUCUAAAAAAUUAUCAUAUAUACUCCGACAUGGAGCUAAAAAGGAGAAUAUAUCAAUAGAUAAUCAAGGAUUUGUUUCAAUUUCAGAUAUUUUAAAUCAUCAACUUUUUAAAUCUUUUAAAACUACAAGAGAAGAUCUUAAUAGAAUAGUUUUAGCAGAUGCUAAGAAUAGAUAUACAAUUGAUUUUGGAGCAGAUAAAAUUUGUGCAAAUCAAGGUCAUUCUUUAACUAACGUUAACAAUGAAAAUUUAAUUAAAUUAUCAAAAGAUGAAUUAAUUAAUUUGAAUAUUUAUCAUGGUACAUAUUUUAAAAAGCUACCACUAAUCAAGAAAUCAGGAGGAUUAAAUAAAAGGAAUAGAAAUCAUAUUCAUUUUACUUGUGAUUCAUUAAACGGUCAAGAAUAUAUUAGAAAAAAUGCAAAUGUAUUAGUAUAUGUUGAUAUUGAAAAAUGUAUUGAACAAGGGUUAGAAUUUUAUAAGAGUUCAAAUAAUGUUAUUUUAACAUCUGGUGAUUCUUUGGGAAAUAUUAAAUGGGAAAAUAUUUCAAAAAUUAUUAGUUUAAAAGAUAAUAAUGAAUUGAAUUUAGAUGAUAUAUAG